CUAUUUCUCUCUCUCUCUCUCUCUCACUCUCUUUCUUUCUCUGGCAGCACUCAGCUUUUUUGGCAGGAGUGACCAGAAUAAAAACAGCAACACCAGACAUAGAAGAGAAAAAAGUGCAAUGAUCCAUCGAACCAAAGGCUUUGCCCUUUCCUAAUUACGUCGUGUCCAGUAUCAUUUUCUUUUUUUCCUCCCCCUCUUCAUUUUUUUUGAGACAUUUUUGAAGUGGUAAUUAGCUCUUGGAGAAUAAAACCAGCUGAUUCGGGGAGGGCCAGUGCAUUUUGGGACGAGAUGGCUAACAGGAGGGUUGCGUUGCUCCUUCUCGGAUUCAUCCUCAUCAUACAGCUGAGUCCUUCACUCCAAGGAGGGGUGUAUGUGCCACCGGGUUCAGCUGGAGCAGGACCAGGAGGUGCUGGAUUGCUACCAGGUGCUGGAUUUUACCCAGGCGCUGGGGUGUCCCAAUACAAAGCAGCAAAAGCAGCAGGAGGAUAUGGAGGUGCUGCUGGGACUCAGACAGGAGCUUUAGGGGUUGGAGGUUAUGGAGCUGGUGGUUAUGGGGCUUAUGGUGCAUAUGGUGGUGCUGGAAGAUUGUACCCAGUGGCUGGAGGUCUGAAACCGGCUAAACCAGGUGCUGGGUUACCUGGAGGAGGUCUUCCUGGAGGAGGUCUGCCUGGAGGAGGUCUUCCUGGAGGUGCCGGUGGAAAGCCUGCUAAAGGAGGGCCAGGUGCAGGAGGAACUGGCCCUGGUUCUGGCCUCCCAGGUCUUGUCAUUCCUCAGACCGGGGUACAAGGACUGGGCCCUGGUGGGGUUGGACCUGGGGGAAAAGCCGCAAAGCCUGGAAAAGCUCCAGUGCCGGGAGUGGGAGUGCCUGGACCUUAUCAAGGAGGACUUGUUCCUGGACAAGGCUUCAAUGGGCGGGGUGUUCUUCCUGGUGUAGCCACAGGAGCUGGACUCAAACCUAAAUCAGCUGCUGGUGGAGGGCAGGGUCUGGUACCAGGUGGUGGUGGGCGUGGAUAUGGACCACUGCAACAAGGAGUAGUUCACGGAUACCCUCUCAAAUCUCCCAAAGCCCCAGGUGCUGGGUUACCCUACACUGGUAGUAAACUUCCUUACGGUUAUGGUGGUUUUGGUGGAGGUGCUGGACUCCCUGGUGGGAAAGGUGGAGCUGGCUCCAAGCCCGGUUAUCCAACAGGGACUGGUACUGGAGCUGGUUUAGGUGGGGCUGGAGCUUUUCUGGGUGGUGCUGGUGGACUUUACCCUGGCAUAGGAGGUGCGGGUGUUCUUACUCCAGCUCAAGCUAAAGCAGCUAAAUAUGGUGCUGGUCCUGGUGUUACUGGUAUUGGUGGUGUACCAGGCGCAGGUGGACUCUUUCCUGGGGCAGGGGGUCCUGCUGCACUCUCCCCUGCUCAGGCAAAAGCUGCUAAAUACGGUGCAGGAGUAGUUCCUGGUGGAGCUGGGAUUGUUCCAGGAGCUGGAGGGGUUUAUCCUGCAACGGGAGGUCUUACUCCCGCUCAAGCCAAAGCAGCUAAAUAUGGUUUGGGUGGGGCAGCUGGAACUGGUGUUGUUCCCGGUGUUGGAGGACUGUACCCUGGAGCUGGAGGUGCACCAGUCGGUGGAGUAGUGGGGGGAGCCGGGGGAUUCCAGGAACAGCUCCAGGAGCUGGAGUGUAUCCAGGUGGAGUGAAGCCUCCUAAAUAUGGUAAGAGCUUUUACACAUGUUUCAGGUGUAAAUGGAAUUUUACAAUGUAGUGCGGACAAACACAGAAUAAAAAAAAAUUCAGUUUAACACUUUUGCUUGGAAUUCUCUUCCAGUUAUGGUUUAUAGG